AGCAAUACCGAUUUUUACUCUUUUUUUCCCCCUAAAACACGCGACUUUAUAACAUAUCUAUUAUCUCGAGACAAAAUAUUUAUCAACCCAAUUCUAAAUUCAAAGUGAGAUAUUAAUUUCGCAAUCAAGAUGUCCGAUCACGAACGCGAUAACAAUGCCAACGAAAACGAAGAAGAUAUGGGAGAACUUGUUGAGGUUAUUAGCCUAGACGAGGAGGGCGAAGGAGCUGAACUUGCUCAAGACCUGGCAGAUUUCGAAAUGAAUGACGAAGAUGAGGCUAGUGGGGGAGAAUUAGUCGUUGAUGAUGCUAUUCUCGUCUUUGAGAAACACAAAGGUUCCGUAUUUAGUGUCGAUGUCAAUCCUUCAUCAACUUAUGUGGUAACUGGAGGAGAAGACGACAUGGCCUACGUGUGGAACAUAGAAAAUAGUGAAAUUAUAUUAGAAUGUAAUGGUUUUAAAGAUAGUGUUUGCAAUAGUUCAUUUAAUCACGAUGGACAACUAUUAGCGGCAGCUGACAUGUCUGGUUUAGUGCAAGUCUAUAAAAUGACCGACAAGUCAAUAGCUUGGUCUGGUGAAUGCAGUGAUAUUGAGUGGUUGAAAUGGCAUCAUAGUGGGAAUGUCAUUGCAGUUGGUACAACAGAUGGUUCUAUUUGGUUAUGGAAAGUCCCUUCUGGCGAUUGUAAAAUUUUAAGCAAUGCUACUACCAGUGGUUGUGGUACAUUUUUACCAGAUGGUAAACGUCUAGUAUCAGGUUACAGUGAUGGUUCUGUAAAAAUUUGGAAUUUGAAAGAUGCAGUUGUCCAGUUUAAUAUUCCCUCUGCCUCUGGUGCCCCAACUUCAAAUAUUGCAUGCCAUCCCAAUAAACCGCUAGUAAUAGCAGGUUUCGAAAAUGCUACCGCCGUUCUAAUUAACGCCCAAAAUGGAAAAGUAAUUGCUAAUUUUGACUGUAGUAGCAAUCAAAAGGGAGAGGAUGAAAAUAAGGAGGAAGUUGUCGAAGGACUAAGUUUUUGUACAAGCCAGAACCUAGCUGUAACAUCUACUUUAGCCGGUCUUAUACAUAUUUGGGAUUUGUCAAGUUUGAAUAUUAGGCAUAUAAUACAAGUUGGGGUAAGUAGAAUAAUUUAUAACAUAUCACGUCUUGGCUAUUUAGGGUAUUAUUGUUAUUAUAAUCGGACGAUUCUGAAUUUAAAUAGUUCAAAGUAAAUUAAAAAUCGUUUAUAAACUAAAUUGCUAUUGAAACGUUCAAAUUUAGAUUGAAAAAAGAGGUCUUACGCUUGAACGAUGCUUGAGAUCUUGUUAAAUAUUUUUAUAAUAAUACAAAAAGCAAAUGUAAAUUUUGCGCUGAAAGAAAAAAAAUCUCUAUUUUCAUGGCAACUCUCUAUUUUUAUUGUAAGAAGUCAUUUGUUCAUGGGUUGUUUGUUCCGACAGCGAGUACAUUACGUAAAUCAUUUGGAAGUAAAUCGCUUAAGCGACACGUUUUGUUCCAGUCAAUGCACCUUUUCACGGAAUAUAUACAUUUAUCAUACAAGUUCUAUUUAGUCUUUCAGAGAGAGACUAUAUUCAGCUUCAAGUAAACAAUAAUGUUUAAAAGUUACCCAUGACUAUAUCGGUAAUUUUUCAACUAAGGUCACGUGAUUCCUUUUUUUCCCCUUUCUACCUAUUAUAAUAAAGUCAGCUUUAUUUUCAGCAUAUACUAAACUUCAUUUUCUAAUUGAUUGUCUUACUAUUAAUAAAAUAUUAAUAAAGUAAAUUGAGAGUCUUAAGACAAACUUUAUACUAAAAGGAAAAAAUAGCUAUAUAGCAACUAAAAAAGAGAUUGAUUUUUAUUGAAUAACCCAUAGCUCCCGUUUAUUCUAAAAAUAUUUUUUUAUGCGACUUCAUUUCGGUUUUAAAUUGAUUGCAUAAUAGCUUAAAGACUAAGCUACGUAAGCUGCCGUGACGUAUGGUAUUUUACACUUUCAUGCCAAUAAAAUUUAUAUAUUAUACACCUUACCAACGUUGUUCUCGUUUAAGAGUGUAACAAACUUCAUUAAUAGCUAUACCAUACAUUUUACAUAAAACACAUGCAUAGCUUUUAUUUAAACAUAUAUAAAUACACGGAACGAGAAACAUUUUCAAUUGACAGUAAAUCAGAGAGUAGCCAGUCAUAAUAAGUAAAAAUUAAAGUAUAUACUUUGUAAAGCUGUAACUUUGGAGCCUACUGUUAAUGUGUCGGUACUUUUUUUUUUUAGAUAAAAAUAGCUAAUCCUUUGAAAUACUGCGCGUAGUUAGAUCCUUUAAUUCAUGGUUUAUUUUCUUAAUAUUUUUAAUAUUAGGCUCUAUAUGUAUAUAUGUUUUUAAGUGAAUAGUAAAAGUCUUUUUGGCUUUGGUUUUUAUUAGUAAUUGAUACGCAUUGAGUACAAAAGUAUAAGAAAUAUAUUGUUGUGUAUAAAACAUUUCAGGUUGGAAUAGUUCAACUGCAGUUUAUAAAAGACCAGCCGCUUUUUUUUGCCUGCGGGUUGGAUGGGACAGUUAGACAAUAUGACGUUAGGGACGGUAAUUUAAUAACUGAAUUUAACGGGCAUCAAAGUGCUAUUUUAGAUUUUAAACUGUGCAACAAUUCUACUCAUUGUUUAACUGCUAGUGAUGACGGAACUGCAAGAGUCUUUAGUUUAAAUAAGAAUUGAUUAUCCUUAAAAGACUUGAAGAAGGUGUUUUCAUUGGAAUUAUUAUCGUUUAUUAACUUUAUUUGUAACGUUCUUGUUGAAAAAUAAUAAAUUCUCUUUAUUUUUGCAUAAAGAGCUUUUUUUAAUGAAAAA